AUUGACAGAGCUUUUUAGUGUACAUUUCAAUUACAACCUGCCAAACACGACCUUAAAAAAAGUUUCAGGGACUCAAAUGCUCUUCCAAGCAGCAGAGAAAAUCAGUGAGAAAAGCAAGAAGAAAAUCCACCCCAAAAACCAAAACCAAACCAAACAAAGACCAGAAAGAGGCGGGAAAUUUGGGUAUGGCGGCGACAAAGGCAACUGGGUUUCUACUCCCAAGGCCGGUGACCUUUGUGACUGGCAACGCCAAGAAGCUCGAAGAAGUCCGAGCCAUAUUGGGCAACUCCAUUCCCUUUCAAUCUCUCAAGCUCGACCUGCCAGAAUUGCAAGGCGAGCCUGAAGAUAUCUCCAAAGAGAAAGCUCGGUUGGCUUCCAUUCAGGUGAAUGGGCCUGUGCUUGUUGAAGAUACUUGUCUCUGCUUCAAUGCACUCAAGGGUCUUCCGGGGCCGUACAUCAAGUGGUUCCUGCAGAAGAUUGGCCAUGAAGGUCUCAACAAUUUGUUAAUGGCAUAUGAGGACAAAUCUGCUUAUGCUUUAUGUGCCUUUUCUUUUGCUCUUGGGCCUGAUAUUGAGCCAAUCACAUUUCUGGGGAAAACUAUGGGGAAGAUUGUUCCAGCGAGAGGACCUAAUGAUUUUGGAUGGGAUCCGAUAUUUCAACCUGAUGGCUAUGAGCAAACUUAUGCUGAGAUGCCAAAGGAAGAAAAGAACAAAAUUUCUCACCGCUACAAGGCUCUUGCGCAGGUGAAGUCUCAUUUUGUUGAAGCUGAAUACAAAUUUCAGACAGACAACUCUAUCUAAAAGAUAUUGUUAUCUAGUUUCCAUUGCAUAGCAAUUCAUUAGUGGUAUGUUCUAUAAUGAUCUGUUGAAAAUGCUAGACACCAUUAACAAGUGCAUUAUCUAGUACUGUUUGCUUUCCCAUGGAGCACUUUUUAUACAUAAGGUACUUCUUUAAUCAAA